ACUCAGUACAGAUAUAUUGCCAUCGAAAACCAUUCGAUACAUUCGAUAUAAAUAAACACGAAAGAUUUGUGUUUAUUAUAUUACGACGUGUCUGCAUUUUGACCCGUGCCCAAGGAUCUGGAAAGUGCGCGAUAACCGCCAAAACAAGCAGGACACCAUUCGGGUGUAGCAGGGCAGGAGCAGGUGGACAGGACACGGAGGAGCAGCUGAAGGAAACGCAAAGGAAGUGGUCACCGUGGGGAGAAGGCGCAAGUGAACUGAACCAUCAUCAUUACCAUCGAGCACAUCCAGGAUGGCUGGGUCCGCACUGCGCCGUCUGAUGGCGGAAUACAAACAGUUAACACUUGACCCGCCCGAGGGCAUUGUGGCCGGCCCCAUCAGCGAGGACAACUUUUUCGAGUGGGAGGCCCUGAUUGCCGGACCUGAGGGCACUUGCUUCGAGGGCGGUGUGUUCCCCGCCAGACUUGUCUUUCCGACUGACUACCCCCUGAGUCCGCCAAAAAUGAAAUUCACUUGUGAUAUGUUCCAUCCCAACAUAUUCGCCGAUGGGCGGGUCUGCAUAUCAAUACUACACGCACCCGGCGACGAUCCCAUGGGCUACGAGCUAUCCGCGGAGCGCUGGAGUCCUGUCCAGAGCGUGGAGAAGAUUUUGCUUAGCGUGGUCAGCAUGCUGGCGGAACCCAACGAUGAGAGCGGCGCUAAUGUGGAUGCAGCCAUUAUGUGGCGCGAGCAGAGAGAUGAGUUCAACGCCAUCGCCCGACGGCUGGUGCGCAAAACCCUUGGUUUGCCGCCGUAAAUGAUCAACACAUACUGGAAAUGUACCAUGUCCGCCACCGUCGACACAUACUUUCUACCCCAAGCAACUCGAUUCCAAGAUUGCGCCCUCAACAACAUGCUAACCCAUAAAUUCCUCAAAACUCCCUCGUCGAGCUAACCAGCAAACUCGUUUCAAAUUAGCAAAAAUAAAGAACCUAGCAUCAAAAUCGACUAUCAAGCACAAGCAGACAGCAGCUCGCACUAUCUCAAGUUUAUCCAUCGCAUUGGAUGCUUCAGCGGACUUAACAUGAGGUCCUAUCAGCUGAUGUACUUCACUGGUAGUUAGUCACGAGGCAAGCUGAAGGCAAAGUGAGAAGUUGGCAAGAAAAAUUCAAAUCCUUAUAUUCCCUAUUAAUAAAUGUUUAUUUUUUUAUGUUUACAUUUUUCACAAGAUAUAUUUUCUAUAGACGAUUUAUAAAAGUGCUGUUCUGAAAAGUUUAAUAGGAAUUACGAACAAUCAAGUGCGAAGGCAAAGUAUUCGAAGUGAUUGAAGCGUUUACAACUUGCUAGUUCAUUUGUAUUAGGCUUUAUGUUCCAUCAUUUUCGACUGAUCACUAACUGAAAUCCCACUAGCAAACCAUCGCCAACCUAAAAUUGACCUAUGUAUUCAUAAAUUACUACACAAUUGUAAAUGUUUUCAUUCUAUUAAGUAAAUUGAUUAAUUUUCACUUUGAUAAGGCA